GGAGGCUGCCGCCAUCUUGGAUGCCGCGGAGCCUGAGAGAGAGAGAGUGAAAGAGAGAGAGAGAAGGGGGAGAAGAGAGAGUGAAAGAAGGAGGGAAAAGAGAGCGAGGAAGAGAGACUCGGAGACUCCGGAGCCGCCGGAACCUGGCUGGAGAGUGGCAGACAGCAAGCGCCCAGGGGCCACUAGCAUUGACGCUCUAUAAAGUAUGAAGAGAGCCCCUCUAUAGUAAAGGAAAUAUGGCAGACAAGAGGAAGCUACAAGGUGAGAUUGAUCGGUGUUUGAAAAAGGUAUCGGAAGGUGUGGAGCAGUUCGAAGAUAUCUGGCAGAAGCUCCACAAUGCAGCUAAUGCAAACCAGAAGGAGAAAUAUGAAGCCGAUCUGAAAAAGGAGAUUAAAAAACUCCAGAGACUGAGGGACCAGAUCAAGACAUGGGUUGCAUCCAAUGAGAUAAAAGAUAAAAGGCAGCUAGUAGACAACCGGAAACUCAUUGAGACGCAAAUGGAGAGGUUCAAAGUAGUUGAACGUGAGACCAAGACGAAAGCCUACUCCAAGGAGGGGCUGGGACUGGCGCAGAAAGUGGACCCAGCCCAGAAGGAAAAGGAGGAAGUUGGGCAGUGGUUGACGAAUACGAUAGACACCUUGAACAUGCAAGUGGAUCAGUUUGAGAGUGAGGUGGAGUCUCUCUCUGUCCAGACACGUAAGAAGAAAGGAGACAAGGAUAAGCAAGACCGGAUAGAAGGUUUGAAGCGGCACAUUGAGAAGCAUCGGUACCACAUUCGGAUGCUGGAGACAAUUUUACGCAUGCUGGAUAAUGACUCCAUUAAUGUGGACUCCAUCCGCAAGAUUAAAGAUGAUGUGGAGUACUAUGUAGACUCCUCGCAGGACCCUGACUUUGAAGAAAAUGAGUUCCUUUAUGAUGACCUCGACUUAGAAGACAUUCCACAGGCCCUGGUAGCCACUUCCCCACCCAGCCACAGCCACAUGGAGGAUGAGAUGUUCAACCAGUCCAGCAGUACACCUACAUCCACCACAUCCAGCUCCCCAAUCCCACCCAGCCCUGCAAACUGCACGACGGAGAACUCUGAAGAUGAUAAGAAACGGGGACGGUCAACAGACAGUGAAAUAAGCCAAUCCCCUGCGAAGAAUGGUUCAAAAAGCCUCCACAACAACCACCAUCAGCCUCCUCCCACUAUACCCUCCAGCUACCCACUGGGCAGUAGCUCCAGCACCUCAUCCUCACUGGGGAAUGGGCCUGGCUCCAACAGCAAUGGAGCUGUGGCUGGCAGUGGGAAUGCAAGCAGCAAAGCUAACCCUCCGGCAGGGCAUGCACCCACCACCCCAACCCCUUAUGCCCAGGCUGUGGCACCCCCACCCACCAGCACCAAUGCCUCGCAGCCCCGGCCUCCCAGCACCCAGCAGAAUGCCAGCAAGCAGAAUGGGGCAACAAGUUAUAGCUCUGUGGUAGCUGACAGCAGUUCAGAUUCGACACUAAGCAGCGGCAGCCAAUCGUUGCCUAACCAGACAGCGUCGCACAACCCUCCCAGCGCUUCCACGAAGGAGCCCAGCGCAGCUCCUCAGCCACCAAGUGGUGGUAACAGCACUGGAUCCAGCCUCCUGGUGCCUCUGACUGCCAACCCACCUGCCUCACCCACCCCCAGCUUUUCAGACAGCAAGCCUGCCCAGACUCUGCUCAACGGGCCACCCCAGUUCAGCUCCACACCUGAGAUCAAGGCACCUGAGCCUCUAAGUACAUUGAAAUCAAUGGCUGAGAGGGCAGCUAUCAGCUCUAGCAUAGAAGACCCUGUGCCAUCUCUACACCUUGCCGAAAGGGCUGAUAUCUUAAUUACAAGCACGACCUCCCAGCCAGCCUCGAACCAGCCCCCCAUCCAGCUAUCUGAGGUGAGCAUCCCCCUCUCACUUGGGGUGUGCCCUCUGGGGCCUGUGCCUCUCACCAAGGAGCAGCUCUACCAACAGGCCAUGGAGGAGGCCGCCUGGCACCACAUGCCUCAUCCCUCUGAUUCAGAAAGAAUCCGGCAAUACCUUCCUCGGAAUCCUUGUCCAACCCCUCCGUACCACCACCAGAUGCCUCCCCCACACUCCGAUACUGUUGAGUUCUACCAGCGCCUCUCCACAGAGACCCUUUUCUUCAUCUUCUACUACCUGGAGGGCACGAAAGCACAAUACCUGGCAGCAAAGGCAUUGAAGAAGCAAUCGUGGCGCUUCCACACAAAGUACAUGAUGUGGUUCCAGCGGCACGAAGAACCCAAGACGAUCACUGACGAAUUUGAGCAGGGCACUUACAUCUACUUUGACUAUGAGAAAUGGGGCCAGCGCAAAAAAGAAGGUUUCACCUUUGAAUACCGCUACCUGGAAGACCGGGACCUGCAGUGAUGCCCUGGGGCCAGCAGGGGGUGCCAAGCCUUCCUUCCAGAGACAGCUGCGGUGCGGCAAAGGAAGACCAACUAAUCUCUCACCUCACUCCAUCUUCCCGCCUCCUGCGCAUCAUGAUCCUGGGGGGACUGGGCGAGCCGCACGUUUAAAAAAAUGCAUGCAAGUUUUAAAAGUGACCGCGGGACGGAGGAGGGGCAGCGGCAGCAGGGUUCUUCUCUGCCUUUCCCAUAUUCUCUUCUGCCUAUAUGAAGAGAUCAGGAAAAAAAUGGGAAAAUACUCUUCAUGCGCAUCAGUUUUGGGUGCGACAGUGGAGAUUAAAAAAAAUUGAGAAUCUCACCAAAGGAGUGAUUUCCCCCAAAUCUCCAUUUUUGUGUGUAUCCUAGAGAAUCUGAAGUCCCAUUCUCAUUGCAGCGAACUCGAAACAUCCCACCCUUGUUUGAUUUUCCCACUUCUAGGCAUAGACCUCACACCUCAUUUGGCUACCAUAAUGUGCCCUAGUGACAUUGAGGCCCAUAGUAACCACUGGUAUAAGAACAUCUCAUGAUGACCUUACUCCAAAUCUAGCCCAUUUAUUAUGGCUGAAAAUGUUGAAAAUGCAAAUGAUGAAAUUGUUAUAAAUUUUUGAAGACAUCCCUGCGACAAAAUAUUUUAAUGGACUGCCCGUCUGUCACCAAUUUAUGAGCUGCCAUAAUUUUCACUUCCUUUUAUUGCAAGAAACAUUCUGGGACAUAUGUAAUGUCCACCAGCCUCACAUCAUCCCUUGAUCCUGAAAUUUCUUUCCUGACUGAACUUAGACUUAACCAAGCCUACUCUCCCACCAGCUGCUGCGUCUCUCCUUCUUUCCCUCCCUUUCCAAAAUUUUGUCAUCACCCUAAAUUUGGUAUGAGCUCGUAUGUAUUCCGCUGCUCCUCCCACAGAGACCCUCCCCCUUGAUGACUUGCAAUUUAUUCCAAAUUGGAGGGGAAAGAUUUGGGAAAACCCAGGGGGGAGGUGGGAAGACUAUGUUCCUCCCAUCUCCUUAACCAUGCCCCUGAACUGGAGCACCCUGCCCACGCCGCUGUUAAGAUAUUUUUUCGUAAGCCUAUUUUCGUUUUGGAAAAUAUUUAUGAAUAAAUAGUUUUCUAUGAG